AUGCAUUCUUCCGCUCUCGGUAUCAUCCUGGCCUCCGCGGCCAUGGUAUCUGCCAUGCCCACAGCCCACCAGCCGCGCCAGGAUAGUAUCGACGACGUCCUCCCUCCCAUUGUUCCUAUCAACACGAGGGCCAACGACGCCGACUUCAUCGCCGAGCUCAGGACUGCCGCCACAGCUGAGGACCGUGCCAAGCUCCUCGACCAGCCGGGCGACUACGUCUUCGACUUUGCAUCCGACAGCCCUCCGGAGGUGACAAAGGGCAAGGGUGGACGGUCUGUCGCCGCCGACGCCAAGACCAUGCCGGCCCUCGUCGGCCUCGACUCCUCCAUGACGGUCGGCUUCCUCGGCCCCUGCGGCAUGAACACGGCGCACGUGCACCCGCGCGCCACGGAGCUCAACAUUGUUGUCAAGGGUCGCCUCGUGACAAGCUUCAUCCCCCAGAACAAGGUCACAGCCAUCGCCAACACAAUGGAUACCUACCAGAUGUCUGUCUUCCCCCAGGGUGCCAUCCACCAGGAGUUCAACCCGGACUGCACCGACGCCGUCUUCGUCGCAGCCUUCAACGACGAGGACCCCGGCGUCAAUACCGUUGCGCAGAACUUCUUCGGGCUCGGCGAUGAUAUCGUCCAGGCGACCCUUGGUGGUCCCGUCAGCUUCGAUGGCGCUGACAUUGACACGUUUCGCAAGGCUAUCCCGGACAAUAUUGCCCUUGGCAUUGACGCGUGCUUGAGCAAGUGUGGUAUCCAGCGGAACAAGAAGCGUGGCGUUGCUGAGUUGCUACCUACUAAGGAUUGA